UAUGAUUUGACUUCGCAUACAUUGAGAAAAAGUGUCUUUCAAUAGCAGCCACCAACAAUGGACGAAAACAAGUUACAAACACAUUACAUCCAAAAACCUUUUUGUUUCUCCUUUUUCUAUUCUUAUCACCUAUCACAAUCAAAAUUUGCCUAUUUCUGUAACUAAUGAUCAUAACUUCCCUUUAAGCGAGGCAGGAAAUUGUUUUUGGACUUCCUUCCUUCCCCUGCCUCCCUCCCUUUGCCAGAAACUCCCCCUCAUUUGCCUUCUCCAUCCAAUUUCUGUUCCAUCUUCACCUAAAAAAAAUUGAAGCAAGAGGGAGAAGAAAAAAGAGAAAGAAGUUCCACUUUGUUUUUUGUUUUGUGAUCAUUUCCCUCUGUUCAUCUUUGUUUGUUGUUUGGUUUUUGUCUUUGUUUUCUUCAAUCUUUAUCCAUAUCCUUUCUUCUGUCGUUUGUAGUUAUUAGGUUUGAGGCAGGAAAUAAUUUUUUACUUUAUCCAUUAAAAAUCUUGCCAUAUCAAUACUUCAAAUCAACGAGUGGAAAGAAAAGGGAAAGGCAGGGAAAAGUAACGAGAAUUAUAAAAGUGAGCAUUUGAUUAGUUCAUUUGAAAAUAUCUAACGUUGUGGGAGGGAACUCCUUGAUUGAACAUGAGUUGCUUUUCGUGCUUUUCAUCUCAAGAAAAGAAGGCAUCAAGGAGAGCAAAUAGUGCCAGAACAUCAGGAAACUCAUCUCCCAUCCCUCUCAUAAGGGAGAAUCAAGUUGCCCAACAACCUCGAUCUCUCCAUGCUGAGAAUUUGAAAUCUCAAGGAAAAAAUAACCACAUUAUCCAUAAGGAAACAACAAUAUCGACCACAAGGAAGGACAACCACAAUGUGACCAGCAAAGAAACUUCAUCCUCCCCCAACAACAUCGCGGCCGAGACCUUCACAUUUCGAGAACUCGCCACCGCCACCAAGAAUUUCAGACAAGAAUGUCUGAUUGGAGAAGGCGGGUUCGGUAGAGUUUACAAGGGACGACUUGACAAGACUAACCAAAUUGUAGCUGUAAAGCAACUUGAUCGGAAUGGUCUACAAGGAAACAGAGAGUUUCUCGUUGAAGUGUUGAUGUUGAGCCUAUUACAUCAUCACAAUCUAGUAAAUCUUAUUGGAUAUUGUGCUGAUGGAGACCAGAGGCUCCUCGUUUACGAGUAUAUGUCCAAAGGUUCUGUCGAAGACCACCUUCUAGAUCUUCCACGAGGGAGAAAGCCAUUAGAUUGGUUUACGAGGAUGAAGAUAGCAUUGGGUGCAGCAAAAGGGUUGGAGUAUUUGCAUGAUAAAGCCAAUCCACCGGUGAUAUAUCGAGACUUGAAAUCAUCAAACAUCCUCCUUGAUAGCGAAUUCACUGCCAAACUCUCUGAUUUUGGGCUCGCCAAGCUUGGACCCACAGGAGAUAAGACCCAUGUCUCGUCUAGGGUAAUGGGAACUUACGGAUACUGUGCACCUGAGUAUCAAAGAACUGGGCAAUUGACUAUAAAAUCUGACGUAUAUAGCUUUGGUGUCGUAUUGUUGGAGUUGAUCACUGGAAGGAGAGUAAUUGAUACCAACCGGCCUUCCAACGAGCAAAACUUAGUCACUUGGGCACAACCAGUGUUUAAGGAUCCAAGUAGGUUCAAGGAACUUGCAGAUCCUCUCUUAAAUGGAGAGUUCCCGAUUAGAGGGUUGAAUCAAGCGGUGGCUGUAUCGGCUAUGUGUCUUCAAGAGGAAGCUGGGGUUCGGCCAUUGAUGAGCGAUGUGGCGAUAAUGGAGGUGGCGAAUCCACAAGAGCGACAAAGGGCGGUGGCAGAGGCAAUUGAGUGGGGAGCCAACUCUAGGCAUGUGGCAGUGCAGGGUGGAGCAACUUCGGCAAAUUGAUUUUCAUUCCUAAUUUAAUAAAAAUAUUAGUAUUUCUUGCCAUCAUAUUGUGAAGAUUUGAAAAAUGAUUACAAAAUGGUCUCGUAUGGUUCGAAUGAUCAAUGUUUAUGAAGUUCUUGUGUUUCAUUUUCCCAUUCAAUAUCUCAAACUUAUCUCAUUCUAUUUUCCGAAUAUUAAAUCAUUAUAAAUCAUAUACGGUUAU